ACGACAAUAAAUUUAAAAUAUUAUAACUAACAUCUAAGAAUUGUGAAUUCUAUAUCUAAUAAAUCUCGAUAAAUACAUCAAUAUAUUUUUAUUGUUCACAUCAUUUUUAUUAUUCAUUUAUAAUUCAUAUAUUUUUGAUAAAAAGUUUUAAUUUUAAUAAAUAGAUAAUUAAUCAACAAGAUGAUUUUGAACUUAUUUAUUAAAUUUAUUAUUAUUGUGGUCACAAUCGUUUCAUGUAGAGCUGCUUUUAAUUCUAAUAAACAAAGUUCUUGCGAAUCAUUGGAAAUAACGGAAACUCGGUAUUGGAACUACGUUCAAAAUGAAAUCGUAAUUCUGCCAACAGGUGAAAGUAUAAGUUUGGCAGAAUUGAUAAACAGGAACAAAAAACAUGUUGAUAAACUAAAUGGUGAUGACGAAUGUGAGUACAAUCAUAAAUACAUUAAAGACAAUUUUUUUCGUACUGCCUCAGUUACAAGAGUAUUAAAAUAUAUUGGCUUAGUUUCUGAGUAUGCUUAUAGAUUGAAGAAUUCAAAAAGUUCAGAUGUUGAAGGUUAUGAAUCUAUACUACGUAUAACAAUAAGGACAGCAGACGAAUGUAUUAAAAAAUUUCGUACGGAAUAUUUUUGGGAGAAUGAGACAGACCUUGAAACAAUGAUCAAUAAUCUGACAAAGGGAAGAUUCCGAAGUGAUAUUAUUGAACACACUAGAAAUCAUAUUUAUGAUGUUUUAAAGGAAGUACUUCAAUAUCAGCAUAUAAAAUCCUUUUCAAGUUCACGCCAAAGAAAUUUGGAUAAUAACAUGAAAAAAGAUUUGUACCAAACUUUGAUGAAUGAAAGCUUCAGUACAUCUGAUGUGUUUGAUUCCGAAAUUAUUAGAAAUGAUCAACACUAUGACUUACACAUGAGCAUAGAUAAUAUUAGACAAUGUAUGCUGAAUGAAUGUAAUAAUUGAAUUAAAUGUAAAAAAAAAAUCAUUUUAGUAAGUUUACUUUCCAUGGAAUUAUUUAAUUUUUUUAUGUUAUAUGUGUAAUAUGUUAUAUAUUUCAAUCAAAAAUAUAUCUUGAGUUUAUAAAAAUAAAAAUUUUAAAA